AUGGAUCGCGAGGAGGAGCCCCCGUCGGUCGAGGUGCGCCGCACCCAGCAGCAGGUCAACAAUGCCAUCCGCGCCAUCCAGGAGAAGAAGCCGAUCCCGGAGAUUGACUUUUCCAUCCACACCAUGGAGGACGGCUCCCAGGUGAGCACCAUGGAGCGCGUGUGCAAAGACGUCCAGGCCCCCGCCAUGUCCAAACCGACGGACGAGCAGUUCUACUCGGACGAGAGCCGCACGAAGCCCGACAUCAACUUCCUCAAGCAGCACUUCUACCGCGAGGGCCGCCUGACCGAGGAGCAGGCUCUCUUCAUCCUCAAGACCGGAUCCGACAUCCUGCACGCCGAGCCCAACCUUCUCGAGAUGGACGCCCCCAUCACCGUCUGCGGCGACGUCCACGGCCAGUACUACGAUCUCAUGAAGCUCUUCGAGGUCGGAGGCGACCCGGCCGAGACGCGCUACCUCUUCCUCGGCGACUACGUCGACCGCGGCUACUUCAGCAUCGAAUGCGUCCUCUACCUCUGGUCCCUCAAGAUUCACUAUCCCAAGUCGCUCUGGCUCCUGCGCGGCAACCACGAGUGUCGGCAUCUGACCGACUACUUCACCUUCAAGCUCGAGUGCAAGCACAAGUACUCCGAGACCGUCUACGACGCCUGCAUGGAGGCCUUCUGCAGCCUGCCCCUCGCCGCCGUCAUGAACAAGCAGUUCCUCUGCAUCCACGGCGGCCUCAGCCCCGAGCUGCACACGCUCGAUGACCUGAAGAGCAUUGACCGUUUCAGGGAGCCCCCCACCCAGGGGCUCAUGUGCGACAUUCUCUGGGCCGAUCCGCUCGAGGAUUUCGGCCAGGAAAAGUCGAGCGACUACUUCCUCCACAACCACGUGCGCGGCUGCUCCUACUUCUUCUCCUACCCGGCCGCCUGCGCCUUUCUGGAGAAGAACAACCUGCUGUCGGUGAUUCGCGCGCACGAGGCCCAGGACGCAGGCUACCGCAUGUACCGCAAGACCCGCACCACCGGCUUCCCCAGCGUCAUGACCAUCUUCUCCGCGCCCAACUACCUCGACGUCUACAACAACAAGGCGGCCGUGCUCAAGUACGAGAACAAUGUCAUGAACAUUCGUCAGUUCAACUGCACCCCCCACCCCUACUGGCUUCCCAACUUCAUGGACGUCUUCACCUGGUCCUUGCCCUUUGUCGGCGAGAAGAUCACCGACAUGCUCAUCGCCAUCCUCAGCACCUGCUCCGAGGAGGAGCUCAAGGAGGAGACCCCUUCGUCGAACUCGCCGCAGUCGCCGACGGCGUCCCUGCCGCCCGACGAUCCCAACUCGGUCGAGUUCAAGCGGAGGGCCAUCAAGAAUAAGAUCCUGGCCAUCGGUCGCAUGUCGCGCGUCUUCCAAGUCCUGCGAGAGGAGUCUGAAAAGGUUACGGAGCUUAAGACCGUCUCCGGCGGAAGGCUGCCCGCGGGAACCUUGAUGCUCGGGGCCGAGGGCAUCAAGAACGCCAUCAGCUCCUUCGAGGAUGCUCGUAAGGUCGACUUGCAGAAUGAGCGCCUGCCUCCGAGCCACGAGGAGGUGGUCAAGCACCAGGAGGAGGAGCGGGCGUCGGCGCUCCAGAAGGCCGCUCAGGAUGCCGAGAACGACACCAAGGUGCAGCAGCUUGCGAGGAGACUUAGCACGGACCGCAAGCAUCGAGGGCCGUGA